CUCCAGCCUGGCCCGGUUCGGAGGGACCCGCACUGACCCCGGCCCGGCCCUGGCUGCAGCUGCGGCUGCCAUAGCACUCGGCUAGAAGGGACAGCACUCGGCUAGAGGGGACAGCACUCGGCUAGAGGGGACAGCAGGGCUGUGAGCCGCAGGUCACUGAUAUCUGGGACCAGGGGACGCACUGGACAGCUAUAAAGAGCUCUGUGCUCUGAGUGAACGAAGGCACUGUGGGCCUGGAGAUGCAGAAGUGACUUCCAGAGGAUCCUCUCAGAAGCUCAGUCUGUAGAGUGGAGAACUUGCAAUCUGUUUGUGCUGACCCCGGAAAGCUGAGCAAAGCAUCAUGAGCAGCCAUCAGACAGUAAAAAUCUUCAAGAAAUCUUCUAUCCCAGGAGUUGUUGUCACUCAGUUUGUGAAUGAUGUUCCACAAGGAUGCAGUACACCUGAUUUUGAGAAGAAACCACUCACUCUGACACUGCAGGAAGGUAAAGAUGCCAUUUUCAGAGCUGUGGUCAAAGGUGUUCCAGCUCCUGAGGUGAAAUGGUCACGUACACGGAAAGGAAUGGAUGAUCCUGCCAAAUAUGAAAUGUCCUUCAAUAGUGCUACAAAUGAAUUCAUUCUGCAGAUCAAGAGCCUGGCUCUGGAUGACAGCGAUUUGUAUCGCUGCUGUGCUGUCAAUGCCUACGGAGAGGCCUCGUGCUCUGCUGGCCUCAGGAUUCUCCAAGUUGGCUUUAAGAGGAAGGCAAAAUAUGUUCCUGUUCAUGCUGCUGAUGAGCUCAAGAAGACACUCCUGGACUCCAGGAAGAUGCUGAGGAAGAGGACUGCAGCACCAAAACCAAAGCCCCUGGACAAAGAAGCUGUGUGGCAGCUGCUGCUGCAUGCAGAUAGGAGAGAUUAUGAGAAAAUCUGUAUCAAAUAUGGAAUUGCUGACUUCCGUGGGAUGUUGAGGAAGCUGCAGGAGAUGAGGAAGGAAACAGAGAGUGAACAAGACAAGUUAAUUCUCACUCUCAAAAACUUUGAACACAUCAAAGUCAACAAGGAGGGAAAUGCUACAUUCAGCCUGGAGAUGGAGCUGAAAAACAGCAACAGCAACGUUUACCUGCUCAAGGACGGCGAGCGGCUCCGGUACGGGACAGGGGACGAGUACAGGAAGCACUGCCUGCGGAGGGUCGGCAGGAGGUAUUACUUCACUGUCAACGAUGUGCAGCCCGAGGACGCAGGGGUGUACCAGGUCAGGGUGGAGGACGUCCCUGUCUUCUCAACCGAACUAGAUGCUCAAGCCAUGCCGGCGCGGUUCCGGCAGCCGCUCUCCGACGUGCGCUGUGCCGAGGCUGGGGACGCCGAGUUCCAGUGCGUGCUGUGCACGCCCUGCCACCAGCCCCUGUGGCUGCACAAAAGCCACCCCCUCCAGGCCAGUGACAAGCACCAGAUCUCUGUGACGCCUGAUGGCCUGACCCACAAGCUGAUUGUCAGGAACGUGGGGCCCUCGGACAGCGGCCUGUACACGCUCGACGUGGGACAGGGCUCCUCCAGUGCCUGGCUCCUCGUGGAGUAUGCCAAAGGAAAGAGGGGACAGGAUGAAGGAGAAAAGAUUGCAAGGGAGACAUCUGAGUGGCUGAAAGAAACAAUGGCAGACAAUGAAAGGGCAAGGAAGCUUCGGCGCCAAGAGCAAGCUGCUGCUGCUGAAGAUCGUCCUUCCUUUCCCACAUCCUCUGGUGGGGAGAAAAGUGGCUGGUACAGAACAGGUCAAGGCAGCAGUCAAGGCAGGGGCCAAGGACACUCCAUUGAUUCUGGUGAUGGAAUCCAAUUUUUUUGGGGAAAAGAAGGGCUACGUAAAACCCACAUGAAUGGAGAGAUGGGAUCUGGGCAGUUUUCUGGAGCAGGUCUAGAUGGAGACUCAGCAGCCAAUGAUGGCAGCACCUUUGGACUAAAAGGCUUAGGGGGCAGAAGUGGGUUAAGAGCUGUCCGUGGUAUGGACUCUGUGUCAGGCAGAACAGGUCCUGGUGGUGCAGGAGGUGAGUGGAAUUCUGUGGAUGGCAGAGGUGAAGGUUUGCUGCCUGCUGUUGACAUUGACAUGGAUAAUGGAGAAGGUUUGGGCUCUCAGAAUGACAAGGAUGGGAAUUUAGGUGAUGCCAGUUACAGAGCUGGUUUUGGGGGUGCUGGGAGGUUGGGUGGUGGAAGUUCUGUGCCAGAUGAGCUUGAUCCUGAUUCACCUGGAGUGGGAGCCAGUGUGGGUGAUCUGUUCAGCAGGACUGGUCCAGGAACUGGAGCUGGGGGGAAUGCUGCAGGUGCUGGAAUGGCAGGAGAAAUGAGGUUCCACCUUGGCAAGGAUGGGCAUGCCACUGUGCAUGAUAUGAAUGGAGCAGGUAUAAACAGAGAGGGACAAACAGGGACUCCCUAUGGCAAGGAUGGCCUGACACCUAAUGCCAGUGGUCAGUUAGGGCAGACAGGAAGAUCUGGCUCGUUGUAUGGGCCAGGAGGCCUUCCAGGUGGAGGUGGUGCUACACCUGGUACAGGUGGCAAUUCCACAGGAGAAAUGGAGGCUUUGUAUGGUCCCGAUGGUCAGGCACUGGGAGCAGGUGCUGGUGGUGCUGGUGGAGCUGGGGCAGGGGCAUUUGGGUCUCCCUAUGGAAAGGAUGGUCUCCUAGCUGGGGCUGGUUUUGGUGGUGUUGGUGCAGGGGGACUUGGAGCUCCCUAUGGGGAAGAUGGUCUUCCAAUUGGAGCAGAUGGGGCUGGUGCAGGAGAGGCUUUGUAUGGUCCAGUUGGUCAGCCAAUUGGAGCUGGUGGGGCUGGUAGUGCAGGGGGACUUGGAGUUCCCUAUGGGAAGGAUGGUCUCCCAGUUGGAGAUGGUGUUGGUGGGGCUGGUGGUACAGGGGCACUUGUAUCUACGUAUGGGAAGGAUGGUCUCCCAGCUGGGGCUGGUUUUGGAUGUGUUGGUGCAGGGGGAUUUGGAGCUCCCUAUGGGAAGGAUGGUCUCCCAGCUGAAGCUGGUCUCCCAGCUGGUGCAGGGGAGGCUUUGUAUGGUCCAGAUGGUCAGCCACUUGGAGCAGGUGUUGGUGCUGGUGCUGGUGGCGCAGGGGAAUUUAGAGUUCCCUAUGGAAAGGAUGGUCUCCCAGCUGGAGCAGGUGCUGGUGGUGCAGGAGGAUUUGGGGAGGCUUUGUAUGAUGGUCAGCCACUUGGAGCAGGUGUUGGUGCUGGUGGUGGUUCUGGUCCAGGGGGAUUUGGAACUCCCUUUGGGAAGGAUGGUCUCCCAGCUGGACCUGGUGGAGCUGGUGUAGGAAGACUUGGAGAGGCUUUGUAUGGUCCAGAUAGUCGGCCACUUGGAGCAGGUGUUGGUGGUGCUGGUACAGGGGGAAUUGGGGGUCCCUAUGGAAAGGAUGGUCUCCCAGUUGGAGGUGGUUUUGAGGGUGUUGGUGCAGGGGGACCUGGAGCUCCCUAUGGGAAGGAUGGUCUCCCAGCUGGAGCAGGUGUUGGUGGAUCUGGUGGUACAGGGGGACUUGUAUCUCCAUAUGGAAAGGAUGGUCUCCCAGCUGGAGCUGGGGGAGCUGGUCCAGGAGAGGCUUUGUAUGGUCCAGAUGGUCGGCCACUUGGAGCAGGUGUUGGUGGUGCUGGCUCUGCGAGUGCCAGGGGAUUUGGAGCUCCCUAUGGGAAGGAUGAUCCCCCAACUGGAGCAGCUGCUGGUGGGGCUGGUGGUGCAGGGGGAGUUGGGAGUCUCUAUGGAAAGGAUGGUCUGCCAGUUGGAGCUGAUUUUGGUGGUGUUGGUGCAGGGGGACCUGGAGCUCCCUAUGGGAAGGAUGGUCUCCCAGUUGGAGCAGGUGUUGGUGUUAGUGGUGCAGGGGGAGUUGGGUCUCCCUAUGGGAAGGAUGGUCUCCCAGCUGGAGCUGGUGGUGCUGGUGCAGGACAACUUGGAGAAGCUUUGUAUGGUCCAGAUGGUCAGCCACUUGGAGCAGAUGUUGGUGGGGCUAGUUCUGCAAGUGCCUGGGGAAUUGGAGGCCCCUAUGGAAAGGAUGGUCACCCAAUUGGAGCAGGUGCUGGUGGGGCUGGUGGUGCAGGGGGAGUUGGGGGUCGCUAUGGGAAGGAUGGUCUCCCAGUUGGAGCAGGUGCUGGUGCUGGUGGUGCAGAGGGUGUUGAGGGUCCCUAUGGGAAGGAUGGUCUCCCAGCUGGAGCAGGUGCUGGUGCUGGUGGUGCAGGGGGAGUUGGGGGUCCCUAUGGAAAGGAUGGUCUCCCAGUUGGAGCUGGUUCUGGUGCUGGUGGUGCAGGGGGAGUUGGGGGUCCCUAUGGGAAGGACGGUCUCCCAGGUGGAGCAGGUGCUGGUGGUGCAGGAGGAGUUGGGGGUCCCUAUGGAAAGGAUGGUCUCCCAGUUGGAGCAGGUGUUAGUGGUGCAGGAGGAGUUGGGGGUCCCUAUGGGAAGGAUAGUCUCCCAGUUGGAGCAGGUGCUGGUGUUAGUGGUGCAGGGGGUGUUGAGGGUCCCUAUGGAAAGGAUGGUCUCCCAGCUGGAGCUGGUCGAGCUGGUGCUGGUGGUGCCUGGGGAGUUGGGGGUUCCUAUGGAAAGGAUGGUCUCCCAGUUGGAGCUGGUCGAGCUGGUGCUGGUGGUGCAGGGGGAGUUGGGGGUCCCUAUGGGAAGGAUAGUCUCCCAGUUGGAGCAGGUGCUGGUGUUAGUGGUGCAGGGGGUGUUGGAGGUCCCUAUGGAAAGGAUGGUCUCCUAGCUGGGGCUGUAGCAGGAGCUGCUCAUUUUCCUCUUGGAGGUGAGGAAGCGAUGGGAUCCGGCUGUGGCAUGGAUGCUACAUUGAGCAGAGCUCCAGGAUAUGCAGGUGGAGCAGGAGGAGAGGGCUUUUCCAGGGAAGGCUCUGUCCUGUGGGGUGCACGAUCUCCCUAUGGCGAGGACAGAGGGUCAGCUGUAGCCACAGCUGGUGCAGGUGGAGUUGGGAGGUUGGGAGAGUAUGAAUGGGAUUCAGUCCAUGGUAAAGGAGGUAUGGGAGCUGCUGGUGGACCCGGAAGUGAAUAUGGGCUGGAUGCACAUCUUGGCAGAUCUUUGAGAGGUGAAACUGGAAAGGGCACUGCCAGUGAUGUCAGAGGGCCAGGGGACAAAGGUUCAGCUGGUGACAGAGGGUCCCUGUCAGGUCCAGGAGGAGCCAGGGGAGAGGGCAGAGAUUUCAGACAGUUAGGCUCCCUUUAUGACACAAAUUCUGCCUUUGGAGAGGCAGGGAGUAAAUCUCAUGACAGAUCUGUUGAUGGGAGUAGUUCAGGAGGGUUUGGUCAAGGUCCACUGAGUUAUGGCCAGAUGUCAGGUCCUUUUGGUGGACCUCCUUCAGCAAACCAAAGAAACCAGGAACCUGACCUGGAUCUUAAAACAAAUGAUUCCCUGAACAACACGGAAAGCACAGCACAAAAGAGACGGAGUGUCCUGGAUGAUCUCAAAGUCCCACGCUGUUACCUCAACAAGCAGCUGGCGACCGUGCGAGUGCUGAAGGGGGAGCCAGCUGAGCUGUCCUGCACUGUCAGCAAGGACAACAUGACAGGAACCUGGUUUAAGGAUGGCCUCAAGUUAACAAGCAUGGAUGGAGUCGUCUUUGAAAAGAAAGGUCUAGUGCACAAACUGAUCAUCAACAAGGCUGAAGAUAUUCAUGCUGGGAAAUACAGGUUUGAAGGUGGAGAUGUAAAAACUGAAGCUUCAAUUUUUGUUGAAGAUCCUCCCCAGGUGGACAAAGUUCUCCUCAAGAACUUGACCAGUGUUCCCACAGUGGCCAAGGCCGGGGAGGGGGUGAAGCUGCGGAUCCCAUUCGAGGGUCGGGGGCCCAUCAGGGCAGCGUGGCUGAAGGACAGGAUGGAGCUGGGGGAUGACACCAGGAUCCGUGUGGACAAGACAGACACCUGCACCACGCUGUCCAUCUCCAGGUGCGACAGGAGGGACUGUGGGGAUUACAAAGUCAGGCUCAAGAACGACAGUGGUGUCCUGGAGAUCAACCUAAAGCUUGUGGUGAUAGACAAGUCACAGCCUCCAGCAGGACCCAUCAAAAUUGUCGAAAGCUCCGCCAACAACAUCACAAUCCAGUGGAAGCCCCCAAAGGACGAUGGGGGCAAACCAGUGCAAAGGUACCUCGUGGAGAGGCAGCAGGUGGGCAGGAAUGACUGGGAGACUUUGGGAGAAACCCCCAGGAGCUGUACCAGCUUCACCACGAGCAAAGUGGAGGAAGAGAUGAGCUACUACUUCAGGGUGAGGGCUGUGAAUGCCGAGGGAGUGAGCGAUGCACUGGAGUCAGGGGAAGUGAAAGCUGCUGGUAAAGGUUCCCCUGGUGCCCCAGAUUCCCCUGAGAUCAUCAGUGCCAGCAGGGACACCAUCACCAUAUCCUGGAAAUCUCCUUGUAAAACUGGCACUUCCCAAAUUAUGGGAUACAUUGUUCAGAAACGCAAGAAGGGCACUGUGACCUGGCUGCCAGUCACCAAUGUGCCUGUCAAAGACAAGAAACUGAAGGUAACCGGCCUCAAGAAUGGUGUGCAGUAUGAGUUCCGCGUGGCAGCUGUCAAUGCUGCUGGCACUGGACAGCCCAGUGACCCCUCAGAGCCUGCCUUUGCCCGGGACCCCACUAAAUCUCCAGGCCAAGUGCAGGACCUUAAAGUGAGCAGCAGUGACAGCACCAGUGUCACCUUGACAUGGAACAAACCUGAAGUACAAGAUGGGAAUGAUGUGAAAGGCUACGAGGUGGAGAUGAGGCCCUGUAACAGCCUCAGCUGGACCAAGUGCUUCGCCCUCCCUGCCGAUACCACGUCGUGCAGGGUGCAGGGCCUGCAGGCCAGGGAGAAGCUGUUCCUGCGUGUCAGGGCCCUCGGCCACGGCGGCCCCGGAGAGGCUGCGGAGCUCGAGGUGUGCGCUGGAGCUGCUGCUGCCCUGGUCUCUCCCAGGUUCCUGAUAGAUGACACAGUGAAAAGCUUCCUGGUUAUAAAAGCAGGGGAUCCCAUCCGGGUGAAGAUUCCCUUUGAGGGAUCUCCCGAGCCGGUAGUGACGUGGUUAAAGGACGGGCUCCCUCUUCCUGGCCGGGCUGCCGUGAGCACCGAGGACGGAAGCAGCCAGCUGCUGCUCAGGGCAGCCGAGCUCGGGGACAGCGGCACCUACACUGUGGAGCUUGGGGAUGGGCCGGGCAAAAGGGAAACCUUCAGCUUCCAGGUUCAAAUUACAGAUGUCCCUCAGCCCCCUGGAGCCAUCCGGCUGGAGGAGAAUGUCCCCAACACGGUGACAGUGACCUGGGAGCCCUCAGCCUCUGAGCAGUGGGAGAAGAACUUGUAUUACACUGUCCUGAAACGGGAAUCCCAGAAGGGCCUGUGGCAUGUCCUGGGGGACCUGAUCUACAACAAUAAGUUCACCUUCACCAGGGUGGUCCCAGGCAGGGAUUAUUACUUCAGGGUUGUGGCAAAAAAUGACCUGGGAGCCAGUGAACCGUCAGAGACUGUGCAGCCCUGGAGGAUCUGGAAAAAAAAGGCUGAAUUUCGAGUGAAAGCACAGAAAUACAGGGGAGUUAACCAGAACCAGCCCCCGAGGUUCCUGGUGCCGCUGAAGUGCCACGUGGUGGUGACGGGCAGCGAGUGUCACAUGAGCUGUGCUGUUGGAGGCCACCCCCCACCAAAAAUCACAUGGUACAAGGACAGCAGAGACCUCUCCAGAGAUCCCAACUACUUCUGCACCAACGACUUCGGUGUGUGCUCCCUGGUGGUGCUGGGAGUCACCAAGAAGGAUGAGGGGGAGUACAUGGUGGAAGCUAGCAAUGAAGUGGGCCGUGCCUUCAGCAAAGCCUUCCUCGCCAUCAAAGACUCCUCCCUGUAGCGUGGCCCUGCCGAGAACAUCCCUGCAUGGCUCCAAGGAUGGGAAGGUUUUGGUGAGGACUUGUCCAUAUGAAGGCUGUGCAUUUAUUGUCAGAUGUUCUUCACAGUCUGAGGGUGUUAUUUAUUAGAUCCAGUGAUUGCAUGUUGAACAUGAUGCUGCAUUGCCAUCAAUACUUUUGAUUGGGGAAAAAAGCUUUAAGAGCACUGUAUGUUUAUUUUUAAUAUCAAGCUUUCUGUGAGACCUUUAAAACACAGCUUAGAAGCUUCAGGAACACAGAAGAUGAGAGGAAAAAUAAUUGGCCAAAUUGAAACUUUCAGUGAAGAACACAGGUGAGUGGGAGAGACUAUCCUAUCGAACCACUCACCCACAACAAGGACUUUUCUGGACAUCAGGGAUCUCUGGUCCUUUCACAUAUGCUUUUUCAAGCCAAAACAAUCACUUUGGAUUCCAUGUGAUUCUCUGCAGGUUUCCCAAAUCUGGCAAAAGCAGCUCUGCAUGUGUUCUACUACCACUAGCUGCUAAGUAGAUUAUCUUCCCUAACCCCUAAAUUUAAAAGAUAUCUGCCUGCUCAUUUUGUCUGGGCAGGAGAUGAAAUCUCAGACCAGCCUGGCAUGGGGCAGAUGAAGUUCCCAGUGCAAAUGCACUGGUGGGAAGGACUGGCAGUCUACAACCAGUGUGUGAGCAAAGCAACUUGCAAACCCCUCAGCAUAUGCUGUACAAAGGCUGUGCCAGUCCUGGAUCACCCCCAGCAUCACCUGUGCAUCCCAAGUGCCCCUGGUCAUGGCACUGCUGGGAGCUUUUGCCUUGAGCAAAAAAGGUGAAAAAUCCUUCCUGUCUGACCAGAAAUCUGAGGGACUCCCAGGGACCUCCUGCCAUGGCCAGGGGUUUCCAUCACUGGCCUGGACAGCAAAAUGUUCUGCUGGCUGUGGGAGGGUGUCACAGUCUUCGUGACAGGAGAAAGCAGAGCCAAACGGCUGUGGGGCUGGAAUGUUCUUGGGAUUACAUUUUGUACAAUGUUGUACAGAUGUAGGAGCAGUAGAUAAUGAAAUUAAACCACAAUUCAGUGAAAUCUA